UUACCAGUACCACCAGCCUGAGUUUGGAGAGUACAACACGACAGAACAGAUACGACACCUGCUUUUUUGAAGGAUUAGGAGGAAAGGAUGCAAGCUCUUCAGUCCCAUUUGUUCGCUGUGCGCGAGUACUUGAGUCCAGUCCUCAAGGAAAGCAAGUUCAAGGAACACGGGCGUAUCACACCUGAGGAAUUCGUAGCAUCGGGCGAUUUCUUGGUGUACAAGUUCCCAGUUUGGUCUUGGGAAAAAGGCGACCCCUCCAAAACCCGCGACUUUCUGCCCGCCGACAAGCAAUACCUCGUAACACGGGGCGUACCCUGCCUCCGGCGCGCCCAAUCACUCGCCUACACCGACGCCGACGAGGACGCUGAGCGACUCGUCAACUUCUCCGGGGACGAGCCUACCACCUCCACCCCCGCGGCCUCCUCCUCUGGCGGCAAGAGCAAGGACAAAGACAAGAACGCUGCUGCUGCUGACGAUGACGAUUGGGUCGAGACGCAUGCGGGACGGAAGGUGACGCAGCCUGGUACGCUUGGUGCUGGGGAGGGGCUUGGUGAGAUCCCGGAUGUGGAUGACGAGGAUGACGAUGAUGGGCUUUCGAAAGGGAUGGGUGGUGUUUCGUUAGGCGGAGCAGGAGGGGGAGUGGGGGGAGGACAGGGUGGUGCGCAGGAGACGCCUGAUUUGGAUGAUAUACCUGAUAUGGAGGAGGAUUUGGAGGAGGCUGAUGAGGCUACUGCUACCAAGCCUGCUGCGGCGGCGCCUGCUGCGGGGGCGGCGAAGACGAGUGCGGUGGUUGAACCGGCCAAGACGAACCUUUUGCAAGUCCGGACGUAUGAUGUUAUGAUCACGUAUGACAAGUAUUACCAGACGCCUAGGUUGUGGUUGAUCGGGUACGACGAGAACCGCACCCCUCUCACCCCCCAACAAAUCUUCCAAGACAUCUCGGCUGACCACGCGCAAAAGACGGUCACGAUUGAGCAGUUCAUCCAUUCUACCUCGCUCCAAGCUGCGAGUGUGCACCCGUGCAAGCAUUCGAGUGUGAUGAAGAAGAUUAUUGAGAGGAUGAAUGAUAAGGUUGUGGCUGAGCAGUUGGCUGCGAAGGAGGCCAAGGAGAAGGCUUUGGGUGGUGCUUCUGGCAAAGACGCGAAAGAACCCAAAGAAAAGAAGAAAUGGUUGUUUGGACGUAAAUCGAGUGGCGGGAAGGAGGCGUCCUCGUCGUCUUCUGCAGCAGGUGCAGCUGGGGAUGAUAAGGAUAGCGAUGAGCCUGAAGGCAUGAGGGUUGAUUUCUAUCUUGUGGUUUUCCUCAAGUUUAUUGCGAGUAUUGUGCCGACUAUUGAGGUUGAUAGUACUACUUCGUUUUAG